AUGGGGCCACAAAUCCCGGCAAAAGCUUCAUCGGCAGCAGAAGACACCGGAUCCAAGUCGCAGCCCAGGACCAAGCUGUCCAGGGCGGCAGGGGGCAAGAAGGCCCACAAAGAGGUGCGAAGGAAAAAGGAAAAGCUUUGGUGCCACGUCCACAUUGACCCUGUCUGUCUGCAGAUCGACGGCUCCUUCAACAAGAAGGUCAUCGGCCGUGGUGGCGAAAACACUCGGCACAUCAACGACCUCACUGGCGCCAAGGUUCGUCUGCGCGGUCGUGGCAGUGGUCACUGGGAGGACGCCGUGCGCAAAGGUGGCAAAGGCUGGCGUGAAGCGCCAGUUCCGCUCAUGAUAGCCGUAACCUCCGACGACUGCGAUCCAGGGCCAUUCUGCCUGGCGGUCCAGAUGACUGGGGAGCUUCUGCAGUGGGCCACCGGUCAAUGUGGGCCACGUCAUGUCGGCUCUCAGGCACGGCACGAGCAGAGGUCAAUGUUUUGGAUUGGCGACUUGAGCCCUUUCGCCAUGACUCUUCUUGGUGCCGCACUCGGGAAGCGGUGCCAGCAGCUUCAGACGUUCGUGGAAGGCGAAGACCGUCAGCUGGAGAUGCCACCCUCGAUUACCGGCCUGGAGCGGAAGUUUCUCCACGAGCAGGCGGAACUCCAUGGGCUUACGACGCAGUCUUUCGGGCAAGGUCGGGAGCGCUACAUCGUCAUCUUCAAGCAGGAGAAGGAAUCUGAGGAGACCGCAGUGGAGCCGGGCUAUGUCAGCGAUAUCGCGCAGGCAAACUACACGGGCGUUUUUCUGGACCAGCGGAGCCGUGAGGCCUUGCUGAACUUCUGCGCAACGUCGGUGCCGGGCGGAAUUCCGCACCGUUGGACGCGGUUCUGCGAUCAUAUGACGAUCUGUGUUGGAGCUCUAUCGAACCCGAAGACGGAGGAUUUUCGCUCUGUGGCUGACACCGUGCAAAAGCAGAUUGCCAAGUACCGCGAGCACCAGGAGUUUGAACUGAAGGUGGUCUCUGUGGGCCGUGACGAUCAUGUCCUUGCAGUUGGUGUGAUUGGCUGCACUUCCUGCAACCGAAAUCCACACAUUACUGUGGCUACAGCACCAGGGCAUCCACCAAACAUCAGCAACAGCAUCAAGAAGUGGACGAUGAUUGCGGCAGAAGAGCAGCUCACGCUGACGGGGGUCGUCAAGCAGCAUGGCGCACGUAAGAAAGCGGGCGAUUGGGAUGGGAGGAGGUUUCGGCUUCGUUGUCACAGCGAGCGCGACAAUCUCCUGUGGCGUGAGGAGAACUCCUGGUUCGGCCUUCGCCAAUCAAACCGUCACCGGGAUCCCAGGCAGAGGAACCCUAUCAGAUUGGGGUUUCUCUCAGACGAGGCAGUUCGCUUGACCUUCCAUCAGGUGGGGAUGACUGCCGGCGGUGAGACGCUGAAUCCCGGCACUCUGAGACCUGGCGUCUCCAUGGACGCCAGCGCUCAGAUGCCGGUGUAUGCUCUGGAAGGCCCGGAUCAGCAGUGGGUUCGCGAAGUCGACGAGGGCCCCGGGCCGUACUACUAUCUCAGCGGGGAUAUCUCGGACCGCGCCCACUUUGCCUUCUUGCCCUUGGAGGCUGGGACCCAUCGUCCCAGACCCAGUGGCAAACUUGAGGGCGAGGAUCAGUUCUAUGGCAUUUACUAUGUGGAGAGCUCCCUCAGGUCGCAGAACGACACCUUCUCUUACUGGAUGUCUGGCGACUACCCGGUCUACAUCGUGAGAAAUCACCUUGCUCGAGCGUCUGACGAGUGCUAUCCGCCUCUCCAAGUGCACGUGGCCUUUGAUGAUUGCCACAGCAAAGUUGUCAACGUGGAGUUCACUCACAAGGAGGAAGAAAUCGUGGCCUCCUGUCGGGGGAUGAGUGGCGACACACUGGCUGAAGUGCGCCUGGAGCGUAGCGAGACGCUCCGAGGCUUGCACAAACAGGUCCUAAAGGAGCUCCGCAAGCAGCUCCCCGACAUGCCAAAGGAUGUUUCGCUCACGCUGAUAGAUUCGAUGACAGGGCAGCUGCUGUCGCCGCCCCCGGCGCCUCCCGAGCCAGAUCGGCAACUGCUGGACAUACUCUGA